AUGCUGAAGGAGGAGACAAGGAGAAAGAAGGAGAAAUGGGGAGUUUUAUCGAUUCUGGGUGGAAUCGGAAUUUGUCGCGACGAAACCGCGAUUACUGGAAAUAAUGUCAAUGUUAGUGAAAAAGCGUGGAAGUCGUUGGGCUGGAUGGAUGGAUGGAUGGAAGGAUGGCUGGAGACCAAAUUUGCUGUCACUUUUGUGCCACACACUCAGACCGCAGAUUGUCAUGGAUUUGGACUUAAUCUCCACGACCUCAUUUGCAAUAGCGCCUCACACACAGCGAGAAAUAGCACCCGCGUCACACAGAAGUGCAACAACGUAGAAACGCAAGCCUCAUGGCCUGUGGGUGUGGCUGUGGUUGUUGUGGUGACAACUGUUGCGGUUUCAAUUGUGGAUGCGGGUGUUGUGGUCGCUGGGGCCGAGGUUGUGGUGGUUGUAAUCUGGACAACUACUCCUACGACGUUGGACCCGGUUGGCAUGGCUGUGGUUAUCAAGGUGGACAUCCCUCCUAUUGUGGAUGUGCAGGCUGCGGACAAGGUGGUCGUGGUGUAUUCUGGUGACACGGAUUGA